UCUUGGCCCCCGCCUCCCUGAAACCAAAACACAACAAGCUCUGGAGGAGCCACGAGCAGCGCGGCGGGGCGGGCAGAUUCGCAGCGGCACUGAGCUUCGCGAGGCUGAUGCAACUUUCCCUUUAAGAAAACCACCUGGGAGCACUGCGGUGCGGACCCAGCACGCCUGGGCAGGGGGCUGCAGCAUGCUCCUGCAGUCUGUGCUCUGAGAGGUGCUGGAAGCAGAGCCUGUGAGUGCUGUCUAGGACUCCAGAGCCCCCACCCCACUGCUGCCAUGGUAGGAAAAGGUGCCAAAGGGAUGCUGAAUGGUGCUGUGCCCAGCGAGGCCACCAAGAGGGACCAGAACCUUAAACGAGGCAACUGGGGCAACCAGAUCGAGUUUGUACUGACGAGCGUGGGCUAUGCCGUGGGCCUGGGCAAUGUCUGGCGCUUCCCAUACCUCUGCUAUCGCAACGGGGGAGGUGCCUUCAUGUUCCCCUACUUCAUCAUGCUGGUGUUCUGCGGGAUCCCUCUCUUCUUCAUGGAGCUCUCCUUUGGCCAGUUUGCAAGCCAGGGCUGCCUGGGUGUCUGGAAGAUCAGCCCCAUGUUCAAAGGUGUGGGCUAUGGCAUGAUGGUGGUGUCCACGUACAUCGGCAUCUACUACAACGUGGUCAUCUGCAUCGCCUUCUACUACUUCUUCUCAUCUAUGACACACGUGCUGCCCUGGGCCUACUGCAAUAACCCAUGGAACACGCCUGACUGCACCGGCGUGCUGGACGCCACUAACCUCACCAAUGGGUCCUGGCCUGCUGUCCUGACCAACAACUUCUCCCACCUGCUCAACCACACCUUCCAGAGGACCAGCCCCAGUGAGGAAUACUGGAGGCUCUAUGUACUAAAGCUGUCCAGUGACAUCGGGAACUUCGGGGAGGUGCGCCUGCCCCUCCUUGGCUGCCUUGGCGUCUCCUGGGUGGUCGUCUUCCUCUGCCUCAUCCGAGGGGUCAAGUCUUCAGGGAAAGUCGUGUACUUCACGGCCACGUUCCCCUAUGUGGUGCUGACCAUCUUGUUCGUCCGAGGCGUGACUCUGGAAGGAUCCUUCACUGGCAUCAUGUACUACCUGACCCCACAAUGGGACAAGAUCCUGGAGGCUAAGGUGUGGGGGGAUGCAGCUUCCCAGAUCUUCUACUCCCUGGGAUGUGCCUGGGGAGGACUCAUCACUAUGGCUUCCUACAACAAGUUCCACAACAACUGCUACCGGGACAGCGUCAUCAUCAGCAUCACCAACUGUGCCACUAGUGUCUAUGCGGGCUUUGUCAUCUUCUCCAUCCUCGGCUUCAUGGCCAACCACCUGGGUGUAGAUGUGUCCCGAGUGGCAGACCACGGCCCUGGCCUGGCCUUUGUGGCUUACCCCGAGGCCCUCACCCUGCUGCCCAUCUCUCCUCUCUGGUCCCUGCUCUUCUUCUUCAUGCUCAUCUUACUGGGGCUGGGCACUCAGUUCUGCCUCCUGGAGACACUGGUCACGGCCAUCGUGGAUGAGGUGGGGAAUGAGUGGAUCCUGCAGAAGAAGAUCUACGUGACCUUGGGUGUGGCUGUGGCGGGCUUCCUGCUGGGCAUCCCCCUCACCAGUCAGGCAGGCAUCUACUGGCUGUUGCUGAUGGACAAUUAUGCGGCCAGCUUUUCCUUGGUGGUCAUCUCAUGCAUCAUGUGUGUGUCCAUCAUGUACAUCUACGGGCACCAGAACUACUUCCAGGACAUCCAGAUGAUGCUGGGAUUCCCACCGCCCCUCUUCUUCCAGAUCUGCUGGCGCUUUGUCUCACCAGCUAUCAUCUUCUUCAUUCUCAUCUUCACGGUGAUCCAGUACCAACCAAUCACCUACAACGACUACCAGUAUCCAGGCUGGGCUGUGGCCAUCGGCUUCCUCAUGGCUCUGUCCUCUGUCAUUUGCAUUCCCCUCUACGCCCUGUUCCAGCUCUGCCGCACAGAUGGCGACAGCUUCCUCCAGCGUUUGAAAAAUGCCACAAAGCCAAGUAGAGAUUGGGGCCCCGCCCUCCUGGAGCACCGGACUGGGCGCUAUGCCCCCACCAUAGCUCCAUCCCCUGAAGACGGGCUUGAGGUCCAGCCGCUGCACCCAGACAAGGCCCAGAUCCCCAUCGUGGGCAGCAAUGGCUCCAGCCGCCUCCAGGACUCCCGGAUAUGAGCACAACUGCAAGGGGAGUGUCCCACCCCCACCCAGUGCUCCCACCACAGAGACUGGGCAGGCAGUGGACAGGUGUCACUCACCUGCCCCCUGCUAUACCCUGGCCAGGGCGGCUGCUGUCACUUUGGCCACUACUAUUAGUGUGGCCAUUCGUGCUCGUGUCCCCAGUGUUUACAGGUUCUUGGAAUGCCAAGAUGGUGUGAGGGUAUGGGAAUGAUGGGAAGGGUGCUGGGGGCCCCAAAGCACUUUGGAGGGGUCUCAGGCCAGGUCCCCAGAGGCUUCUCCCAUUCUGCCCUAAGCUAAGAUCCUGGUGAGUCCCCCACCCCUAGCCCCUUUGGGCAUCCAGCUUCCUGUCCAGUGUUCCCACCCUCAGAGCAGUCCCCAGCCUCUGCCCAGGCAAAUUUGGAUCUUUCUAAAGGGGCUGGGGACUGUGCAGUGUUACAUGUCAGUUGUGCCGCCCAGGCCUGUUUGUCUGUGUACUUGUUUUUUGUAAACAUUGUAUUAUCUGUGGAUGCCACCCCUCAUUUCCAACCCUGGGCCCAAUCUGUCUUCCAGGCCUGUCUGCACCUCACUUGGCUGCUCUGGGGUCUCUGCCCCUCUCUCCAGCCCUGGCUGUCAGGCCCAGCCAGUAGAAACCUGUGACCCAGCAGCCUGCCCAAAGCACUUGUUUCUGGGGGGCUGGGGUGAGCGGGGCUGCCCAGCAGGAAGUUUGCGCCCGGAGUCCUGGGAAAGGGGUCCCUGCACAAUACCCCUUUGCCCUCCUCCACCAGGCUAAAGGCCCAGUCUUCCCAAACUGUGCUGUCCUGUUCAUGUGCCAAAUGGCCCCAGCCCACGUGCCCCUCCAAACCCCUCCAAGGGUCAGAGUCAGAGCUCCUUCCCCAACCCCUGCAGUGUCUGUCUGUCCGUCCUCUGUACCCUUCAGUGCAGUGACAGUCCUGGCCAAGCCACCUCUAAUCCUCUGUAGCAAUAACGGUGCACCACCCAUCCCUGCCCAUUCGUGCGCCAUUAGGAUUUUAAAGUCCAUAGAUUUUAAUGAAAUUUCUAUUCCUGUCUCUGA